AUGGUGAUAGCUGAGCUGACUAUACUGACUGAGGUGGCAGAUGCUGUGGGUGCGGGUGUGGAUCCUAGCAGCAAUUCCUCCACCUUCACCAGCCAAUGGGACCUGGCCAGCGCCUUUUUCUUCUCUGGGACCAUCGUCACCACCAUCGGUUUUGGGAACAUCUCCCCGAAGACAGAAGGGGGGCAGCUGUUCUGUAUCUUUUAUGCCCUGGUGGGGAUCCCUCUGUUUGGUAUCCUGCUGGCUGGAGUUGGAGACCAUCUGGGGACCGGGCUGAGGAAGGCCAUCCUCAAAAUAGAGUUUCUCUUAGCGAAAUGGAAGGUGAGUCCUACUAUUGUUCGAGUCAUCUCAGCCAUACUCUCCAUCCUGUUGGGGGUAGCACUCUUCGUUGCAGUGCCAACGCUGGUGUUUCAGGAGGUGGAGAAGUGGACUCUCCUGGAGGCGUCCUACUUUGUUGUCAUCACCCUGACUACAGUGGGUUUUGGAGACUAUGUUGCAGGUGAUAGUGGAGAUGGUGGUAAAGACCACUGGUACAAGCCCCUGGUGUGGUUCUGGAUCCUGCUGGGCCUGGCCUACUUUGCUUCCAUCCUGUCCAUGGUUGCAAACUGGCUUCGGGUCCUGUCCAAGAAGACCAGGGCUGAGAUGGAGGAGCUCAGAGCCCGUACCACUGACUGGGGUCAGAACAUUCAGAACAUGUCCGUGGACUUCCGCAUGCCAGACGACCCCUUCAAACGACGACGACGAAAGCGUCGACAUGGCCCUCGCAGCCGAGGCAAUGGGGCAGGCCAUGUGUCUGGGGCCCCUGGGGAGAGGGGCAGAGUGAUGGAGAAUGGCCAGCUGAACAGCCAAUCAGAGACUGGAUCAUCCUCAUACUCUUACUCAUCCAACGAGUCAGAGUCUGGAUCUGCGACAGGGUCAGAGGUCACGCAGCAUGAGCGGGUAGUAGAGGAAAAAGAGAAGGAUGUCGAUAAGGAGAACGCCUUCCCAGAAUCCCUGUAUUCCCAGCCUCUGGACUACUUUGGAGAGAACCUGGCAUACAUUGAUGAGUCCUCAGAUGCAGUUAGUGGAAAAUUACAUUUGGAUCCCCUGUUGGAUCCAACACAGCCCGUCUCUACACGCUCACGAAAGCCCAAGAGGAGACGGCCCAGAAGGCCACCCCCAGAGAAGAGCCCUAAAAUUAGCCCUACCAAACCUGAGAAGAAAGAGCCCAAUGGAGACAUAAAACCCCAUGAAAAUCCACCGCCACCAAAGGAUAGAUGAACCAAAUGCUCAAAGGUGUGAAGGGAAGAAGAAGUUAUGUGGGAAGAACUGAAUCUGAUUGAUUAUGUUUUAUUCACUACACUGUUCAUGUUUCAUAAACAUAGUUUGAGUGUGUGUAUGUUGUGUAUGCCUGAUUCAAAUAGGGAGUAAGCCUUGAUGUAAUAGCAGAGUGACUUAUUCAAAUAAUCCUAACAAAACUUAACCAUGUCACUUCUUUAACCUGAUGUUGCCUUGGUAGCGUUUUAAUAAGGAACACAAUCUUAUGUGCCCCACUUAUCUAUGUUUGCUUAUGGAGUGAGCGCUCCCUACCGGGCAAUCAUGAAACUGCAAAGCCCUGUUUUCUCUGGAUAAAAUAAGCAGUGAAGCACACCAACAUGCAUUGUUUUUUUUAUUACUCUGAAUGAAUUUAUAUUUUUUGCCGUUAGGGGAAAAAAGCCUUAUGACAAUAACUCUCCCAUAAUGAAUUUGUCCCUGAAUGUCUGGAGCCCAAACUAUAGAGAACAAAGCUUUGGUAUAUAAUAGGAAAGUUCUAAUUCAAGGCAUGAGUAAAUCCUGUCUCUGCCAAUAACCAUAUCUGGUCUUGCAUGACCUUAGCCUAAGUAUUACACUAGUGACGUUAUUACUGUGUGCACUGUGUACAGCAUAUGCCAUUGUAUAUAUUUUUGAGUAUUAUUCUUUGAAUGUAUUACACACAACUGUCCUGUAAAAUAAACAACACAUUUUUUAAAUAA